AUGAUUUUUAAAGCUGUGCAUUCAUUUAUUGUUUUUGACUUUUGCCAUUAUAUCUCUGAUCAUUAUCAAUAUAAAGAAGAUAAAGUACUUUUUUCAAUUAUUGCAGAUUACAGCGCUGCUACCCUUGAGCUGGCAAGAGAGUUAUUAGAGCUGAUUUCUGAAGCUCUUGGACUGGAGUCUAAAGCCAUAGAGAAUGCGUGUGGAGAUGCAGAACAGAAGCUUCUGUUGAAUUAUUACCCAAAAUACCCUCGACCUGAUUUGACACUAGGAUUGAAGAGACACACAGAUCCGGGGACCAUAACUUUGUUGCUGCAAGACAAAGUGGGCGGACUACAAGACACCAAAGAUGAUGGCAGAACUUGGGUUACUGUGGAACCAAUCGAUGGGGCAUUUGUAGUGAAUUUGGGAGAUCAGAUGCAUGUUGUUAGGCAAUGGCAUGUUUAAGAGCACGGAUCGUGAGGCUUUGUUGAAUUCGAGCACAAGAAGAUUGUCCAUAGCAGCUUUCUACAAUCCCAAUCCAAAUUCGAUAGUUUAUCCACUGGAGGGAUUGGUGACGAUAAGCAUCCCAUCAAAUUUGAACGAUACAUCUACAAAGAGUUUUAUGACACAAAGAUGACCCAGCACAUCGUAGAGAGAGUAAAAAAGCUAGAAUUGAUGGAAGGGAAGAAGAUAAAUAGUACAGUUUAGAUACAUUGAAGUCUGGAAAGCAUUAAGAUUUAUACAUUAAUUUGCUGGUGGUCUGUCUGGUUUCUAGACAUUCAAAGAUAAAGCACAAAUUCAUAAGAGAUAAUUGAGAGACCCUUGAUAUCUAUGGAAAAUCCAUUGAGGAUAUGAAAAUGUCCAAAUGGGAUCACUUAAAGUACUAGAGAUGCUUGGAAUUGCCAGUUUGGCUACACUCUCAAAUUU